UGCAUACUUCGCAAUGGCGCGAAUCGCGCCGAAAUAUUUUUCAUCACGGCGCAGUUGUCUACCCUGUGUCGCCGGGUGCCGUGACGCGGCUAAUCGCCGCGACGUGGCGCGAGCGUCGCGGUUCGCUUCCGGCGAUACGUCGUCGACGUACAGCGCCAAUUUUUCUUGGCGAGCGUUCCAUUUUCCGGUCGCUUCGCCGGUUUUAUUACGCGUCGCGACAUCGACGACAGUCGACGAGUCGUAUUCGACGCUGCUGUCGUUUCGUCGAUUUUCUUCGUCGAUCACCCUCAGCUUAACGUCAAAAGCGUACGAUUCAACGUCGCUGUCAACUUUCGACGUACAUCUUCGUUAUCAGACGGAAAAAUGGCGACCGCCAUGCCAUCGCGAUUCGCCGUCCUUAGCAUCGAGGAUGACGACUUCAAGCCGAAGAAGGCGCAGAAGAGCGCGACGACGAGUAAGACUAGUGCGAAGAAUAAAAGUGACAAGCCGAAGCAGCAACAGCAGCAGCCGCAACAGCAACAACAAGCGAACAAAAAAAAACAGAACAAAGGAAAGAAGAAGAAAAUAAAUAAUGACGAUCAGCAAUGGGAACAGUGGAAGCAAAAAGAUACGAUGGCCAUCGAAGAAGCAUUUGAACAGGAAUUACAUCAAGCUAUCUUGCUGUCAAAACUGGCAUAUGAAGAAGAAUUAGUCAGCACGGCAAAGAAUGAAAAAGAACAAGAACAGAUAAAAAAGUCUGGUAAAAAAUCAAAGAAGACAACCAUGUCUAUAGUAGAAUUCAAUAGUCUGUCGUCAAAUCUACUAUCAUCACCAAUAUCAAAUGAACUUGUAGAUAAAUCGAAAGAAAUAGACGCAGAGUUUUUUGACAGAGUAGAGAAGGAAACAAAAGAAGAAAUAACAAAGGGAAAAGAAAAGGAUAUGCUGAAAGCUAGAUUUAAUAAAAUCGAUGACGAUAUAACGUCCGCGCAAUUAAGAGUAGAGAUUGAAAAACGUGAUGAAAUAAUCGAGCAAUUAAGAACCGAAGUACAUACAUUGAAAGAAGAGUUAACACAAGUUAAGGAAAGAAAUAAAAAAUUAUAUCAAAUAUUAUCACACGGCGAGAUGAAGGAUAAAGCAUCCGUACUAGCUGAAGUCGCAAAACUGCAAGAAAUACGUGAUGAAUUAACGACCGAAGUAACAUCUUUACAUGCUCAAUUGGAGCAAGAAAGAUCUAAAACACGUACAUCCAGCGCAGACUUGAAAACAUCUAAACAAACUAACAAAAAGAAGCCGGCCAAUGAAAAUGCCUAAUUCGCUUUUUGCGGAAAAUUGUACCAUUGUGAUCUAAUUUUUAUUGAUGAUAUAUACUUAUUGAUUAAGUUGCAAUCUGAAAAACAUUACGUUUGCAAAAAGAAAAAUUUCGAUCUCUUAUAAUAUAUUUUAUAUUUACUUGUUAAAUGUAAGUUUAAGAUACAAUUAGAUGAUAGCUCUUGUUAGCUCGAUUGUUUCAAAUGUAUAUUAUGAAAAUACGAUUAUAGCCUAUACAUUAGCAACUAUUUUUCUUUCCUUUUUAAGUGAUGCAAUAUGCGCUUUAUUUUUCACACUUUUUAUUGUUUUAACUAGUUAGUUAUGGAAGGCAUUAUGAAAAAGUAAUUUUUUAUUUAUGAACAGAAUCUAUAUGCGCUUUUGCAAAUUAUCAGUUUUAUCGUACAUGUUAUAUUAUCAUCUUGCAUAUAGUAGAUAGUUUUAAAAGAAUAAAAGAUAGUAAGAUAUUUUUUUUAAUUUAGCAAUAUUAAAGAAAUUUCAUAUGUUUGUAAAGAGAUCUGCACAAAGGCUCUUCCAGAAUAAAUAUUUUAUAAUGUAU